UUGACAGGAAGUGUCCUUUUAUGUAACUUUCAGGGAAAAUAACGGAUUGUUAUUGUUUUUCUAAAAUAUUUGUAGCCAACUAUGUAACCGAUUUAUUUUUUCACUUCGUCUUUGUAAGUCGUUUAAUGUCAGCAGCGUAAAAUCCAUCGUACUGAGAACUUUCCUGUCUUUUCGGAGGGACUGACGGAUCCCAAUUUUGAAUUACUUUCAAGAUGUCUACUGACCUAUUAAAGCAGGCAACACACCAAAUUGCCAUGAACCGUUUUGAGACUGCAAUGGAUCGACCUCCUUCUCCAGCUAGACUUGCAUACACAUCCGACAAACACCCACGACACACCCUGGAAGCCAUCAACGUCCUGCGAAAACACCGGGAACUCUGUGACGUCGUUCUCAUAGUGGGACAGAAGAAAAUAUUUGCACACCGCGUGAUCCUCUCGGCUUGCAGUCCGUACUUCCACGCCAUGUUCACGGGCGAGCUAGCCGAGAGCCGGCAGACUGAAGUGACAAUUCGCGAUAUCGAUGAGACGGCCAUGGAACUUCUGAUUGACUUUUGUUACACGUCCAACAUCACGGUGGAGGAAGGCAACGUUCAGACACUGUUGCCAGCCGCGUGUCUCCUGCAGCUGGCGGAAAUACAGGACGUGUGCUGCGAGUUUUUAAAGCGCCAGCUCGAUCCAUCCAAUUGUUUAGGUAUCCGUGCCUUCGCCGACACACAUGCCUGCAGAGACCUGUUGAGAAUUGCUGACAAAUUUACGCAGCAUAACUUUCAGGAGGUGAUGGAAAGUGAAGAAUUUAUGUUACUCCCUGUAAACCAGUUGGUGGAUAUCAUCUCGAGUGACGAACUGAACGUGCGCAGUGAGGAACAAGUGUACAGUGCCUGCAUGGGAUGGGUCAAGUACAACAUCCAGGAACGUAGAAACCAUCUUCCAACAGUCAUCCAACAUGUCAGACUACCUCUGAUGAGUCCGAAGUUUCUAGUCGGAACGGUUGGAUCAGAUCUGCUCAUAAAAAGCGACGAAGCCUGCCGAGACCUUGUCGAUGAAGCCAAGAAUUACCUCCUCCUGCCUCAGGAACGACCCCUCAUGCAAGGCCCGAGAACACGACCCAGAAAACCUAUCAAAUGUGGUGAAGUCUUAUUUGCUGUUGGUGGUUGGUGUAGCGGUGAUGCAAUCUCGAGUGUUGAGAAGUAUGACCCUCAGACUAACGAAUGGCGGCUGGUGUCUCCAAUGAGUAAACGACGAUGUGGUGUUGGUGUAGCGGUGUUAAACGACCUUCUGUAUGCAGUUGGCGGCCAUGAUGGACAGUCAUAUUUAAAUAGUAUUGAAAGGUAUGACCCUCACACGAACCAGUGGAGCAGUGACGUGGCUCCCACCAGUUCAUGUCGGACCAGCGUUGGAGUAGCUGUGCUGGGAGACUACCUGUACGCCGUGGGGGGCCAGGAUGGCGUGUCCUGUCUCAAUUAUGUCGAAAGAUACGACCCUCAGACAAACAAGUGGACGAAGGUUGCAUCGAUGAGUACUCGGAGGCUCGGUGUUGGGGUGGCAGUAUUAGGGGGCUUUUUGUAUGCAGUCGGUGGCAGUGAUGGGACGUGUCCUCUCAACAGUGUUGAACGAUACGACCCUAGAAGCAAUCGCUGGGCUCCAGUAGCACCGAUGGGAACGCGGCGGAAACACCUCGGUGUGGCCGUGUAUAACAACAUGAUCUACGCUGUCGGUGGGAGGGAUGAUACAACAGAACUGAGCAGUGCUGAGCGAUACAACCCACAGACCAAUACAUGGCAGCCGGUCGUUGCCAUGACAUCUCGUAGGAGUGGGGUUGGCUUGACCGUAGUCAAUGGUCAGCUGAUGGCGAUCGGAGGCUUUGAUGGAACCACAUAUCUGAAGACAGUUGAGAUAUACGACCCGGAACAGAACUGCUGGAGAAUAGUCGGGGGGAUGAACUAUCGUCGGCUCGGGGGUGGGGUCGGGGUGGUGAAGAUGCCUCAAAAUGAUUCACAUCUGUGGUGACAGAGACCGUCAUGACAAGUGCUUCCUGCAUUUAUAAAAACCAAUCAACCAAAACAUCUUAUUGGCCACAUUGUGCAAAGUGAAACACGUCUUCUUUUGUUCUCAGACUGGGACAUUUUUCGAUAGCAAAGCAAGUUGUAUUAUAUACUAUUUUUAUAUAGCUAUUGUUGUGGUGUUAACCUAGCCUUCGUUUAGAGAUAGCAAGCAAUGCUAAUGUUUGAAUGAUUUUACUGGUACGAGAUACAGUCAAUGUUCAGUUUAACGUGAACAGUGAAAAAAAAACUGGCUAGAGUUUCCCUAUUCUCUUUGUCUGAACUUGGCCCAGGUUUGAGCUUUAAAAGUCUUAGUAUGAAAAUGUACCAUGCACAUUCUUUCAUCCUAUAUUUCAAACAUGUUUUAAUUGCAAAGUGAAGGACAUUGUUUGGCUUCAUUUAUUAAGACAAUCAUUUUACCAGAAAAUGCUUUUUUUGUUUUCAGCAUGACAACUCGAAUAACCUAACUUUUAACACCCCUUGUGGAUUAUAUUCGUAAAUAGAGAUUUAGAUCUGAAAUUUCAUUUAGGCUGAGUAUCACAACUUUCACUACUGUAUAGUAAUUCAUUUCAAGUUCAAUUUCUGUUAUUAAAUAGCAGUAUCUUGCAGAUUACUGAAAGUUUACAUUCAGCUUUAGGAAUUACGUGCAUUUAAAUGAAAAACUUUAACACUGAAAUGAUGAUUAUGAAGUAUUGAAUUAGUAACAUUCUGAUUGAAUGUUACACCACCUGUUAUUAAAUGAAAUUGUCACCAAUAUCAAGACUGCUAUAAUUUUUACACGACAAAGAAGACCACCUGUAAUACCCCCCAACCCCCCACAUCUAAUUUUACAGGUGGUCUUCUUUGUCGCGUAAAAAUUAUUUAUUUAUUUUAAUUGUAUCAGAAAGAUAUAUUAAUAUUUAUGGGUUUCGAUAUUUUGUAAAAUAUGUAUUUAGACCAAUCUUUAGAUUUUUAUUUUUGUAAAUAUUAAGAUGGAUGUUUGGAAUAUGUCUUCAAUUCAAGGCAGAAAUGUUGUAUAAGCCUUUUAAUCGCCAUUAAAAUAGAAAAACCAUAAUGAACAGAUCUAUAAAGAUCUUUAACUAUGUGUCAUUCUUUGCAGCCUAGGCACUCUGCUUGUAUGGACUGUUGAGGUAAAUCUGUGACAAAGAUAAUCUUGCUAAAUCCCUUGUUUAUAAAGGAAAUUAUGGAUGUUUAACCUUAUGCCACUUAUAAAGUCCCAAUCAAUAUUUUUUAAGUUUCUUGAGUACCUUUUGACAAUUUAAACUUAAAAGAAUAUUUUAGAAAAUUGGAUAAACUGAAUUGUUGUUUUUGUAACUAUUCUUAUUGCAUUUUUAAUUUGGAUGGGGUACUAUAGAAAUCUAACAAAGAUGUGCUUUUAACAGUCGGAGAAAAUGCAGUGAAACAUAUUCCCAUUUGCUGCUCAAACUAGUACAGCAUUGUUAUAAGACUAGAAAUUAGUUGUUAUGGUGGCUGAAUUUAGUAAACUAAGUAAGAAACAACUUCUGUAGCAAUUCAAAGGUCAAUAAUAGAGAAGAAUUGGGACUUACUCUAAAUAGUUUUUAAAAUAUCUCUGAGUCAGUAACUCAUAAUUAGGGUAUUAAAUUUUUGGUGUGUGUAUAAACUUUAUUUAUCACCGGUAUACCAGUAUCUAGUACUGUAUCUUUGUAAAUAUUGUCAAUACUAUUUUAUAUUCAUAGACCCCUUGGGAUUUAAUGAAUCUCCAUUAACACAAUAUGCAAUUAUUUAAUUUGCCAAAACUGUAUACUUUAGUAAUUUUAUCAUACAUAUAUGGACACUAAUUUAUUUAUUACUUUUUUCAUACCUUUUAACCAACCUAAAUCUGAUGACACAAGCUUUUCUUGAUUUUUAAUAACUAGAACUUGGAAAAUAUUAGCACAAACAUUUCUUUUCAACAUCACCUGUCCUCAUAACUAGUGCAUAUUCCCUAUGGUUAGCAGACUGGUCCGAACAGUUUACUAACCGUAGGGAAUAUGCACUAGUUGUGAGAACAGGUGAUGUAUCUAUAAAAGAGAAAACACCAAGUUUUCUCCAUUUUGGAGCAUUUGAUGCUGUUAGUUUUACAUAUAAUAGACAUUUUAAUAAUUUAAAAAAAUAAAAUAUUGGAUAAAUAAUAUUUAUAACACUAUGAUAUUGUUUAAUCUGCUGUUAUUAUUUGGAUUGUGACACAUUAAGAGUGAAUGAGAAUUUGUUUAAUAACUAAUUAAGCUAUGCUUUCAUUAGAUGCAGAAUUUUUGCAUGCACCCCAUAAAUAUGACUACAUACACUGGUUCUUUAUAGUAAUAUUGUAAACAAUGUUAGAGUACUGGUAACAGUAUAUUGAAAAACCAUAAAGACAUAUUUAUGCCUUGCAUCCGUUUGUAAGUAGCGUGGAUAAUGGUUGGUUUGGAAAUAAUUUUAAAACAAAGUAUUUUGUGAAGACAACAAAGUUUACAAAUGAUCUUCGGUUGGUAAUGUUGACAUUCUGUUUAAAAUAUUUAAUUUAUUUGUGGCAUACCAGACUAAUUACUUAAUGUAUGGCAAACAAAUUAGCUUGCAUGUCUCUUUUUCUCGGUUUACAUUUUUUCAAGUCUAUUUUAGUGUACAGUUUGUAACGGUUUCUUACUUUGUUAAUGACUGUGAAUAAUUAUGUGAAGUGAGUAAAGUACAAUGAUUACCUA